AUGACCCAGAGGAUAAUGGAGAAGAUGUCUUUGGCUUCCUUCAUGAAAGGAAGAAAAACCCUUGAGGUUGCUGAUAAAGAAAUGAUGGAUACAUUACUUUUAGAAAGCCAUCAUGAAAUGGUGGGAGUUGUGUUUCAUGAUAUUUUUUCAUACCAGCUGAAGUUUAAUUGGAGAUAUGGAAUCCCAACUAGAAAAGAACACUCUGAAUACUCAGAACACUGUUGGAAUAUGUAUGAUGAAAUUUUUUGUUCCAUGACAAGAUACUGGCAAAAAGGGUUUGUGGCUUUUCAGACUGCAAUUAAUGCUGCAAUUAUAGAGCUCUCAACAAAUCAUUCUAUGAUGGAGAAGCUGACAUCAGUUAUUGGAAUAAAUAUGAGGACGCCAUCUUUCAUUUCUAAGGGAGAAACUAUAAACACAUGGUUUAUUUUUAUUUGUAUAGUUUAUUUCUCCCCUUUUGUAUACUUUAUAUCAUUAAAUGUCACGAAGGAAAGAAAGAAGUGUAAGAAGCUAAUGGCAGUGAUGGGUCUUCGAGAGUCUGCAUUCUGGCUCUCCUGGGGAUUCAUGUAUGCUGGCUUCGUAUUUAUCCUGUCCAUUUCUAUAGCUCUGAUCAUAAUAUUGACCAAAGCCGUAGUGAUCGUUGGCUUCAUGGUGAUAUUCACGCUUUUUGUCCUAUAUGGCCUGUCUUUGAUAGCAUUGGCUUUCCUCCUGAGUGUGCUGAUAAAGAAACCUGUUCUUACUGGUUUGGUUGGAUUUUUCUUCACUAUAUUUUGGGGAUGUCUGGGAUUCACUAUAUUAUACAGACAACUUCCUUCAUCUUUGGGAUGGAUCUUAGGUCUUUUUAGCCCCUUUGCCUUCACUACUGGAAUGGCUCAGAUUACACACAUGGAUUAUUACCUGAUUGAUGUUACUUUUCCUGAUCCAUCUGGAGAGUCACACAUAAUGAUGGUUACUUUCCUCAUUUUAGCACUCGACACUCUUCUCUAUCUGAUAUUAAUGUUAUAUUUUGAGCGAGUUUUGCCUGAUGAAGGUGGCUGCCCGCAUUCACCAUUGUUUUUCCUAAAGUCUUCAUUUUGGUCCCACCGUCAAAACACUCAUCACGAAGUCUUUGAGGAUGAAAUCAAUCCCGAGCAUCACCCUGAUGACUCUUUUGAACCAGUGCCUCCGGAAUUCCAUGGAAAAGAAGCCAUAAGAAUCAGAAAUGUUAAAAAAGAAUACGAUGGAAAGCCUCAAAAAGUAGAAGCGUUGCAAGGCAUAUUUCUCGACAUAUACGAAGGGCAAGUCACCGCAGUACUCGGACAUAAUGGAGCUGGCAAAUCGACACUGUUGAACAUUCUUAGUGGGCUGUCUGUUUCCACGGAAGGAUCAGCCACUAUUUAUAAUACUCGACUCUCUGAAAUAACUAACAUGGAAGAAAUUAGAAUGAACAUGGGAUUUUGUCCACAAUUCAAUAUUCAAUUUGACUUUCUUACUGUGAGAGAAAACCUUAGGCUAUUUGCUAAAAUAAAAGGGAUUCACUCCCAGGAGGUAGAACAAGAGGUAAAAAGAAUUAUAAUGGAAUUGGACAUACAAAACAUUCAAGACGUUAUUGCUAAAAAAUUAAGUGGUGGACAAAAGAGAAAACUAACACUUGGGAUUGCCCUUUUAGGGGAUCCUCAGGUUUUGCUACUGGAUGAACCAACUGCUGGACUAGAUCCUUUUUCAAAGCACCGAGUUUGGAAUCUCCUGAAGGAGCGGAAAACAAACCGUGUGAUCCUUUUCAGCACCCAGGUUAUGGAUGAGGCUGACAUCUUGGCCGAUAGGAAAGUGUUUCUGUCUAAUGGGAAGUUGAAAUGUGCCGGGUCAUCUUUGUUUCUGAAGCAAAAAUGGGGUAUUGGAUAUUGUUUAAGUUUACACAGGAAUGAAAUGUGUAAUCCAGAGAGAAUCACAUCCCUUGUUAGGCGGCACAUCCCUGAGGCCAAGUUAAAAGCAGAAAGUGAAGAAAAGCUUGUGUAUCUUUUGCCCUUGGAAAGAACAAGCAAAUUUCCAGAUCUUUACAGUGACCUUGAAAAGUGUGCUAAUCAGGGCAUAAUGAAUUAUGAUGUUUCCAUGACAACUCUGAAUGAAGUCUUCUUGAAUCUAGAAGGCAAAUCAACAAUUGAUGAGCCAGAGUUUGGCAUUCGGAAACAGGAGAGAGUCAGUGAGACAAGGGAUGCAGGAACUGAGUCUCAAAUGCAACAGGCUCCUUGUUCUCUUCCUGGACGGAGAAAGGCCGUCAGCACCGGAACUCUCUGGAGGCGACAGGUGUAUGCAGUGGCCAAGCUUCGCUUCUUAAAGUUAAAGCAUGAGAGAAAACUUCUUUUGUCCUUGUUAUUGACACUUGGUAUUCCUUUAAUCCCUACCAUCUUUGAGAAGAUAUUGGUUGUGUUAUCUUACUCUACUCACUGUUGGGAGCUCUCAUCCAGUAUGUACUUCCUUUCUCUGGAACAACCCUCACAGACUCCUCUUACCAGUCUAUUGGUCAUCAACAACACCGGAUCAAACAUCGAAGACCUUGUGCAGGCACUGAGACGUCAGGAUAUACUUUUGGAAGUAGAUGAUUUUAGAAAUAGAAAUGGCUCAGAUGAUCCUUCCUACAAUGGAGCCAUCAUAGUGUCUGGUGACCAGAAGGAUUACAGAUUUUCAAUUGCAUGUAAUACCAAGAGAAUGACUUGUUUUCCUGUUCUUAUGGGAAUUGUUAGCAAUGCCCUUCUUGGAAUUUUUAACUUUACAGAACUUAUUAAAACGGAGAGAAGCACAUUGCCUUUUAACGGCGUCCUAAUGGAAUUUGGUUCUGUGAAUGGGCCUUUAAUUUUGUUGAUCCUUGUAAACUGCCUUUCUCCUUACAUUGGCAUGAGCAGCAUCAACGAUUGCAAACAAAAAACUCAGUCUCAGUUAUGGAUUUCAGGCCUGUGUCCUUCAGCAUACUGGAUUGGACAGGCUCUGGUGGACACCCCACUAUACUGCUCGAUUCUUCUUUCAGUGUAUUUAAUUAACUGCAUCACGGUUUUGGAACUCAAAUUUCCACCGGGACUCAUGUUUGUUCUUGUGGUUCACAUAGUUGGUUCUUCAGCUUCUCUUAUAUUCUUCACGUACGUGAUUUCAUUCAUCUUUCGCAAGAGGAGAAAAAAUAAUGGCCUUUGGUGUCUUGGCUUUUUUAUUGUAAUAAACUGCCCAUCAAAGUACUUGGUAAAUACUGAAUCUGAAGACCCUCGUUUAAUUUUAUGCAUGAUUUCAGUACCUUUCUACACUUUAAUUAGAUUUUUCAUAUUUUUUAUCGAGGUACUUUAUGUGUAUAUGAGAAGCUUGGAAAAUGUGAAUGAUGAAAUAAAGGAAGGCAAUCAGACCAUUCUCUUAACAGUCUUAAUACCAUACCUUCAGAGUAUCAUUUUCCUUUUUGUUAUAAGAUGUCUGGAAAUGAAGUGUGGAAAAGAAACAAUGAGGAAAGAUCCAGUCUUCAGAAUCUCCUCAGGAAGUAGGGAAAAUCAUCCAAAUCCAGAAGAACCAGAAGAAGAAGAUGAGGAUGUCCAAGCUGAAAGAGUGAAAACAGCAAAUGCACUCAGUACUCUGAACCCAGAUGAGAAACCAGUCAUAAUGGCAAGCUGUUUACAUAAGGAAUAUAAAGAGAAAAAGGAACGUUGCUUUUCAACAAGAAAGAAGAAAAUAGCCAUUAGAAACCUCUCAUUCUGUGUUAACAAAGGUGAAGUUUUGGGGUUGCUGGGACACAACGGAGCCGGUAAAAGUACUUCUAUUAAAAUGGUAACAGGAGACACAAAGCCAACUGCAGGAAUGGUGGUUUUAAAAGGCUGCGGAACAUCACCGAGGCAACCGGAAGAUAACACCCUCAAGUUUUUGGGGUACUGUCCUCAGGAGAACUCACUGUGGCCCGACCUCACAGUGAAAGACCACCUGGAGCUGUACGCAGCAGUGAAAGGAAUGGGCAAACAGGAGGCUGCUCUCAGGACUUCACGAUUGGUGGAGGCUCUCAAGCUCCAGGAACAACUUAAAGUGCCCGUGAAGGCCUUAUCCCAAGAAGUAAAGAGGAAGCUGUGCUUUGCACUGAGCAUCCUGGGAGACCCAUCGGUGGUGCUUCUGGAUGAGCCGUCCACAGGGGUGGACCCCAAGGGGCAGCAGCACAUGUGGCAGACAAUUCAGACCAUGGUUAAAAGCACAGAGAAGGCUGUUCUCCUGACCACCCACUCCAUGGCGGAGGCGGAGGCUGUGUGUGACCGCGUGGCCAUCAUGGUGUCUGGAAAACUGAGGUGUAUUGGUUCCAUUCAACACCUGAAAAGCAAGUUUGGUAAGGAUUAUAUUCUAGAAGUAAAAAUAAAGGACACCACUCAAGUGGAGCCUGUCCACACAGAGAUUCUGAAGCUUUUUCCACAGGCUGCUCGGCAGGAAAGAUACUCCUCCAUGAUGGCAUAUAAUCUACCUGUGGGAGAUGUUCACCCUCUGUCUCAGGCCUUUUUCAAACUAGAGGCAGUGAAACAGACCUUCGGCCUGGAAGACUACAGCCUCUCUCAGGCUACCUUGGAACAGGUAUUCUUAGAACUCUCUAAAGAACAAGAGCUGGGAAAUCUUGAUGAUGAAGUUGAUACAACAGUAAGAUGGAAACUCCUCCCACAAGAAGAGCCUUAAAACUCCGAGUCUCCUAACAUUGGAUUUUAGGUCCUACUACAUUAUUAGUUUCCAGAAUUCUAAAACAAUAUUCCAUAUUACCACAGGUAACAAAUAAACAAAAACAUUCAGUAGUUUAAACAUCAAUAAUGAUUAAGAAUUUAAAUGGCUUUUAAAAUUCUAGAAUGGAAGGGAAAGGCAAAGAUAGGGAAAGGUAGUGAGCAUUUACAUAAUCAGACAUUAUACUAAACACUAGUAAGACCUAUUUUAUGUUUAAUACUAAUUCAAGAAUCAUAUAAUGUUAGUCCGGGUUUUUAUUAUUUUCAAUA